AUGGCAGCGCCAACCCGCGAGCCAUACAGGGGAUCCUGUCGCUGCGGCCUCAUCCGCUAUGUGGCAUACAUCACGCUGCCUCCCACCAUCAGUCCCAACGGCAAAGUCGACCGCUACUCCUCUGUCCACUUCUACAAGUGCAACUGCACCGCUUGUCUCAAGUUCGGCCUCUUCCACAUGCGUCUGCCCAAAGCACCCCGGGACUUCCGCCUGCUCUCCCCUCUUGAGCCGGAAAAGGACCUGACGGCCUACAAGAUCCUCGAGGAGGGCUCAACUUGGUACUUCUGUCCUACCUGUGGCGUUCGCUGUUUCUCCUUCGCAGGAAAGGGGAGGGUUCAAGAGGUGGAGGUGGAAGAGUGGGCGACCAGGCCUGCUGAUACAACGGACAUGAAGGCGGCUGCUGCUGCGGGAGCUGAAGGACCAAAGACGAUCAAGACAAAGGCAUGGACGAUCGAGGAGGAGGGCUGGGAUGAAGCGUUGAGACCCUGCUAUCUCUCCGUUAAUGCGCAGACUCUUGAGCCGGAAGACGGACUGGAUCUCAGAGAGAUCGCGGACAAGAAGUGGCUCGGCUAUCUUGACUACCGCGAGAUGAAGGAGAAACAGCGCUUCGACCGUCCUCAUAUCGGUGGCUCAUGGUGA